AUGCCUAAAAACAAAGGAAAGGGAGGUAAAAAUCGUAGACGCGGUAAAAACGAUAAUGAGGGAGAAAAGAGAGAAUUGGUGUUUAAAAUGGAAGACCAAGAGUACGCCCAGGUGCUUCGGAUGCUCGGUAACGGCCGUCUCGAGGCCUACUGUUUCGACGGGACAAAACGUCUAUGCCACAUAAGGGGUAAAAUGAGGAAGAGAGUAUGGGUAAACGCGGGAGACAUCAUACUGGUCUCACUCAGGGACUUUCAGGACAGCAAGGCCGAUGUAAUCGCAAAAUAUUCAGCCGAGGAGGCACGCACGCUUAAGGCGUACGGGGAGCUGCCGGAAGCGACGAAGAUCAACGAGACAGACGUGUUCGACGACGAGGGCGACGGAGGAAUAGACUUCCAGGACGUGUCGGACGAGGCGCAGGAGGAGUCAGAGGAGGAGGAGUCGGACUUCGAUAUUGACGAUUUGUAA